AUGGUUUACUACACAUGUUAAAGUUUACUACGAAAACAGUUGUGAAUGAAAUUUUAAGUACGUACCAACAUGACAUCGUUAUUGUUAUUGACUGGAACUGGUGUAGCUGCAACAUUACUAUUGGUUUUAAUUGUUUUGAUAAUGAACAGACGUAGACCGAAAAGUAAUGUUCCUCCCGGAGUAGUUGUACUGUAUCAGAUAGGAAGGGGCAACUUUGCGCCAAGUAUCUCACCAUUCCCGCUGAAAUUAGAAACAUUCCUCAGAAUGACAAAGAUUCCGUAUAUGAAUGACCACAGUGGUAAAUUUUCAUCGAAAGGCAAAACACCCUGGAUGGAGUACAAUGGAAAGCCAAUAGCUGAUUCGCAGUUUUGUAUAGAAUAUUUGAAGAAAGAGAAAGAGGUCGACGUAAACACACACUUGAAUAAAGACGAGAUCAGUAUAGCUAAAGCUUUCCAGAGACUUACAGAGGAAAACUUGUACUGGACAAUGUGUAUAGAAUCAUUUGGGGGCGACGUGUCAGCAGUAUCAUCAAUCAUACCUUAUACAGGCCUUAAAUUAUGGUUAACGGUAAAGUUUUUACAGCGAGUAAUAAAACAGGAGACAUGGGGACAAGGAAUGGGGCGACAUACACCUGACGAAGUAUGGGAAAUCGCUGUUCAUGAUAUGACUGCUAUUAGUAACUUCUUAGGUGUAAAGAAAUUCUUUAUGGGUGAUGAGCCUUGUGAAGUUGAUUGUGUAUUAUUUGGUAUGCUGGUCAUGAUAAUAUACAAUAUGCCUGGAUCAAAACAUCAAAAAUUUGUUACAGAAGUGCUUGGUAAUUUAGUUUCUUAUUGUGAACGAAUGAAGAACAAAUACUGGCCGGAUUGGAAUGACAAGCUUCUACCAAGCCCUACAUAUAAAGACGAUAGUGACAAAAUCUAUUGGCAUAAAACAGAUAACUCUACACACUCGUAACCAGAACCGAUCAUUUGCAAUUGAUACAAUGUUUGCAAUGGGUAACCUCAUUGACAUGUUCAUACUUAGUCAUACUUGUUAGGAUGAUUUCUUUAAAUACCAUUUAUUAUUGAGGUUGACAAUGCAAAGAUGCAAUGCGUCAAUAAGUCAUUUUAUAUUUUCUUGGAAUUCGUUAUAGAUUUGUGAGAAAAAGACUAUUGUUUGUGUAUCAUCUUUAUAAUCAUUUUAAAAAAUGCAACAUUUGAAUCUCUCAAAGAUAUUACAGAUUGUAUAUGCAACGAAUAUAGAAAUCACAAACCUGAAAUGGCAGAUUGUACAUAUAACUACGCAUCAUCAUAUAUUGUGUUCUCUUCAUAUAUUGUUAUAAACUUGUGUUGGUUCAUAUCUUUCAAAUUUGUUUUUUGUAAAUUGUUUUGUUAUAAAAUUGGUCGUUAA